AUGGCUUCGACGACGGCGUCCAACCUGGCCGGCGCGUGGUUCGGCGAGCUCGCGGCGGCGCUGCAGGGGAUGUGGCAGGCGGCGGCCGCCACCCACGGGCUCGGCGAGGACCCGCGGCCGGCGCUCCAGCUCCAGCAGCAGAAGCCGGGGCGAGGCGACAGCAACAAGGCGGUGCGAGGAGACGCGGCGGCCGCCGGGAGGGACAAGCAGGGAGGGGACGUCGCGAGGUGUGGCGGCGCCAUGUCCGACACCACGCUCUACCUGCUCCUCGACCGGUUCGCGCCAAGCUGA